ACCGGACACUGCCAUGGCCUCUCUAUACCUCGCUGUGGGCACCGCCCUGGUGGCCGCCGUCGCCGCCCAGUUCCCCGGCGCGUUUCCACCGUUCACCUUUCCCGCAGUGCAGCCGUUCCGACCGUUCCCGUUCCCGGGCCAGGGCGGCGGCGGCAGAGGCCGGCAGCUGAGCCCGAGCUGCGGCAGAGUGCAGUCGCCCCCCGCCUUCAGAUUCGGAGGUCCGUCUACCACAGACAGGCCGCGGAACGAGGCGUUCGUGGUGGGCGGCCAGCCGGUGCGCGACGGCGACUGGCCGUGGAUGGUGCUGCUGGGGGAGCGGCAGGGCGGCCGGCGCGUCUGGACCUGCGGCGGCACGCUGCUGUCGGCGCGCACCGUGCUGACGGCGGCGCACUGCGUGUCCGGCCGGCAGCCGGCGGCGCUCACAGCGCGACUCGGCGAGUUUGACACCUCCCGCGGCGACGACGGGCCGCACGUGGACGCCGCCGUGGCCACCAUCACCGUGCACCCGGGAUACGGCGGCGCGGCGCGGCACGACGACAUCGCGCUGCUGCGGCUCAGCCGGCCAGUGGCGCUCGGCGCCCGCGUCCAGCCGGCCUGCCUGCCGCCGGCCGGCGCCAACCACACGGGACGGACGGCGCGCGUGGCCGGCUGGGGACUGACAGAGUUUAACGGCCAGUCGGCCGCCGUGCUGCAGGAGGCUGCGCUCACCGUGUCUGACGUCAACGAGUGCGAACAGUCCUACCGGACGCAGCUGGACUUCUUCACGAGGAGGUACCCGGGCGGGUUCGGCGGCACCAAGCUGUGCGCCGCGGGCGACGAGAAGGACUCGUGCGAGGGAGACUCAGGCGGCCCGCUGACCACGCCCGGCGCCGACGGGCGCCAGCAGGUGAUCGGCGUCGCAUCCACGGGCUUCGGCUGCGGCCUCCCCGGGUUCCCCGGAAUCUACACCAAAGUAUCCCAGUACAUAUCGUGGAUCAUGCAGAAUGCCGUCUAGAUGUAUCUAUCAGCUUUAACAGAAGCCGCUGGGGGCGGGGGGGGGGGGGGCUGCCGCUUUUAAAUAUAUAUCCAACACAA